AUGCCGACGAGCAGUGAUGAAAAUGACGACCUCGGAUCGUCGGACCUGUUCCAAGACCCUGAAGGAUUUUACGAACCUGAUAAGCCGGCCACAGUUACUUCCUACUCACUGAAAAGUGGUCGCCGUAUCGAUCUUCGACUGGUUGGUCACAGUCCAUUAUGGGGCCAUCUUUUGUGGAACGCGGGACAGGUUGUGGCUCAAUACCUCGAGGACAAUAGGCAACAGCUUCUCCAAGGCAAAACUGUACUGGAGCUUGGGGCGGGAGCGGGUCUUCCCAGUCUUGUGGCCUCGAUCCUUGGUGCAAAAAAGGUGGUGGUGACAGACUAUCCUGACAAUGAGCUUAUUGUGAACUUGCGGCACAAUAUUGAUCGGAAUUUAGUUGCUGACGACCAAGCCAAUAUUGUGGCCGAGGGCUUUCUCUGGGGCUCUGCGGCCGAUACUUUGUCGAAGCAUCUUGAUACUGGUAGCAAGGGUUUUGAUGUGCUUAUUCUUGCAGACAUCCUGUUCAAUCAUUCUGAACACGAGAAAUUGCUCAACACUCUAACUCAGUGUCUGAAGAGAACUUCUGAAUCUGUGGCCCUGGUGUUCUUUACUCCAUAUCGGCCCUGGCUAUUGGACAAGGAUCUCAAGUUUUUCGAUAUUUCUCGCAAUAGUGGCUUUGUUGUCGAUAAGGUUAUGGAGCACACCAUGGAAAAAGUCAUGUUCGACAAGGAUCCUGGCGAUGAGACUCUUCGAAGGACAGUCUUUGGGUAUACUGUAAAGUGGGACAUCUAG